AUGUCCUUCCUAGUCGGCCGCGAGGCUCCGGACUUCGAGUGCGAGGCGGUGAUGCCCGACGGGUCCUUCGACACCGUUCGGCUCUCCGCUUUCCGCGGAGAAAAGUACGUUUUAAUAUUAUUUUAUCCCUUAGACUUCUCUUUUGUUUGUCCUUCCGAGCUUCUGGCCUUCAGCGCGGCCGCCGCGGACUUCGCCGCCCGCGGAGUUCAACUCCUCGGCUGCUCCGUCGACUCCAAGUUCGCCCACAGCGCCUGGAGAGCCGCAGCCCCCCGCAGCGGCGGCCUCGGCCCGCUGGCCUUUCCUCUUCUCGCAGAUCUUCGCCGCGAACUCGCAGCAGCUUUUGGGGUUUUGGGCGAAGACGGAGUGGCUUUGCGGGGCCUCUUUUUGCUGGACAAGGCCGGGAAGGUCCAGCACGCGCUGGUCAACAACUUGGCGCUUGGAAGGAGCGUCGGAGAGGCUUUAAGAGUGGUCGACGCGCUGCAGCAUCAUGAACAACAUGGAGAUGUUUGUCCCGCUAAUUGGCAGAAGGGACAGAAGGCCAUGAAGCCAACUCAACAAGGAGUUGCGGAGUAUCUUGCCAGCCUUUAUUGA